AUGCAACUAUCAUGGAAGGAUAUCCCUACUGUCGCUCCGGCAAAUGAUUUGCUAGACAUUGUCUUGAACAGAACUCAAAGAAAGACGCCUACUGUGAUCAGACCUGGUUUCAAGAUCACAAGAAUUAGGGCAUUUUACAUGCGUAAGGUUAAAUACACAGGUGAAGGUUUUGUGGAGAAGUUUGAAGAUAUUUUGAAAGGUUUCCCCAACAUUAACGAUGUCCAUCCUUUCCAUAGGGAUUUGAUGGAUACCUUAUACGAAAAGAAUCAUUACAAGAUCUCUUUGGCUGCUAUUUCGCGUGCCAAGUCUCUUGUGGAGCAAGUCGCUAGAGAUUACGUUAGAUUGCUGAAGUUCGGUCAAUCUUUGUUUCAAUGUAAGCAAUUGAAGAGAGCCGCUUUGGGUAGAAUGGCCACCAUCGUCAAGAAACUAAAGGACCCAUUGGCUUACUUGGAGCAAGUCAGACAACAUAUCGGUAGAUUACCUUCCAUCGACCCAAACACCAGAACCUUGUUGAUCUGUGGUUAUCCAAAUGUUGGUAAGUCCUCAUUUUUGAGAUGCAUCACCAAGUCGGAUGUUGAUGUUCAACCAUACGCUUUCACAACCAAGAGUUUGUACGUCGGUCAUUUCGACUAUAAAUACUUGAGAUUUCAAGCUAUCGACACCCCCGGUAUCUUGGAUAGACCUACCGAAGAAAUGAACAAUAUUGAAAUGCAAUCGAUCUAUGCCAUUGCUCAUUUGCGUUCUUGUGUCUUAUACUUCAUGGAUCUUUCAGAACAGUGUGGUUUCACUAUCGAAGCACAAGUCAAGCUGUUCCACUCCAUCAAGCCUCUAUUCGCUAACAAGUCCGUCAUGGUCGUUAUCAACAAAACUGAUAUCAUCAGACCAGAAGAUUUGGACGAAGAACGUGCACAAUUAUUGGAAACCGUUAAGGAGGUUCCAGGUGUUGAAAUCAUGACUUCUUCAUGUCAACUAGAUGAGAACGUUAUGGAAGUUAGAAACAAAGCUUGUGAGAAAUUAUUGGCUUCUAGAAUCGAAAACAAAUUGAAAUCUCAAUCAAGAAUCAACAAUGUCUUGAAUAAGAUUCACGUUGCUCAACCUCAAGCAAGAGAUGAUGUCAAGAGAGCACCAUUUAUCCCAGACUCUGUUAAGAACCUGAAGAAAUAUGACCCUGAAGAUCCAAAUAGAAGAAGGUUGGCCAGAGAUAUUGAAGCCGAAAACGGUGGUGCUGGUGUCUUCAAUGUUAAUUUGAAGGACAAAUAUCUAUUGGAUGACGACGAAUGGAAGAACGAUAUCAUGCCCGAAAUCUUGGACGGUAAGAACGUUUACGAUUUCUUGGAUCCUGAAAUCGCUGCCAAAUUGCAAGCUUUGGAAGAAGAAGAAGAAAAACUGGAAAACGAAGGGUUCUACAACUCGGACGAUGAAGAAGAAAUCUACGACGGUUUCGAAGCAUCUGAAGUGGAUGAUAUCAAGGACAAAGCUUCAUGGAUCAGAAAUAGACAAAAGACGAUGAUUGCUGAAGCAAGAAAUAGAAAAUCAUUAAAGAACAAGGCCAUUAUGCCACGUUCCAAACUAACCAAAUCCUUCGGGAAGAUGGAAGAACACAUGUCCACUUUGGGACAUGACAUGUCAACCUUACAAGAUAAACAAAAGAGUGCUGCUCGUAAGAACCGUUAUGUCGAAAGAGGUUCCGAUGUUGUCUUUGGUGAACAAGAUGCUUUGACAGCUUCCACCGACAAUGGUAUCAAGUUGAGACAAACCGAUAGAUUGCUGGACGGUGUUGCUGAUGGUUCCAUGAGAUCCAAGGCCGACAGAAUCGUUAAGAUGGAGAGAAGAGAUAGAAACAGACACGCCAAACAAGGUGAAUCUGAUAGACACAACCCUGUUUCCUUAUCGAAGCAUCUGUUCAGUGGUAAGCGUGGUGUCGGUAAGACUGAUUUCCGUUGA